AUGGUCGAAAAAAUUGUUGGAAAAUGGACGUUUGUUGAAUCUGAAAAUUUUGACGCCUACAUGAAACAAGUUGGUGUUGGGUUGGUGACUCGCAAAAUGGCAAAUACUUUAAAACCGACUUUAACAUUUUCACGAGACGGUGACAAAUGGAAAAUGGUUUCUGUAUCCACCUUCAAAACUCAUGUUACAGAAUUUACAAUUGGGGAGGAGUUUGACGAAACAACUGGCGAUGGACGUGUACUGAAAUCCGUCUUCACUAUCGAAGGUGACAAACUGAUACAGAUUGAGAAACCAAUUAAAAAAGAGGAUAAAGAAUCACGCUUUGAACGCUAUGUCGAUGAAAAUGGACAUUUAAUUAUUAUAUGCGAAUCUGGCGGUGUAAGAUGCAGGAGAGUGUACAAAAAAGCCGAAUAA